CUGUCGUAAGCCGGAGAAUCUAUUUCGGUUUUCCAGUUCUUUUUGGUCUCGAACCCCUUCUGACCCGCUGUGGAUCGGUCGAGUCGACAAUAUGGCAAUGCCAGCAGGACAAAGACUGAAUUGGGUUUUUCUGUGUGGAUUCCCAGUGAGUCUGCGGGCUCAGAGGCAGACUGAUUGGGUAGAGCAUCACUAUCGGUGUACGGUGAAAACACAGAGUAGAGGCACCCAGAUGGACAACCAAGGUCAGGCCACUCUGCGACCUGUUUUCAAUACUGGGGUUUAUAGUUCAAAAGUAUUGUUGAUCAUGGCCAGUCUCAUGCACAUUGCAAGCAGACCCAUUCAAGUCCGCCAAUUGAGAUUAUCCGCUCACGGCUGGGAAGAAACCAAUCUGAGGCCCGGCCGAUCGAACAAUAGCAUGAGACUCUGUUACGUGACCCUGGAAAAAAGUUGAAGAUGUUGCACAAAAUGGCUUCCGGAAGAGGCGGUUGAAUUGGCGUCGACAGGCAUACAUACGACAAUUCUUCCGCCCCAGUCGUAGGCACGUGGUCUUAGCAAGGCUACCAUUGUGUGACAGCUGGAUUGGUGGUUGGUGAAUGGUGGUCCCUGAGCUUCAGUAAGCGCG